AUGGCGGCGGUGGGGCUUUGGGGCGCCGCAGCCCGCCGUUUGAGGCCUCUCGCGGCCAUCGGGCCUGCUGGGUGCAGGCAGACGCUGCAGCUCGGGCCCUCGACCCCGCCUUUCCGUCCAGGGCGGGGCCGGGCCCUCCGCUUGUCCGCGGCGACCCCGGCCGGGCACAACAAGUGGUCCAAAGUCAGGCACAUUAAGGGCCCCAAGGACACGGCCAGGAGCCAGGUCUUCACGAAGCUCUCGAGGCUCAUCCGUUUUGCUGUUAAAGAAGGUGGCCCCAACCCCGAGUUAAACAGCAAUCUGGCCAACCUCCUGAAAUUGUGUCGAAGCAAAAACAUGCCAAAGUCAACUAUUGAGGCAGCACUGAAAAGUGAGAAGAACAAGGACAUCUAUCUUCUCUAUGAAGGACGAGGCCCCGGUGGCUCUUCUCUACUCAUUGAGGUACUUUCUGACAGUGGUGCCAGGUGCCAUGCAGCCAUCAAGCACAUCCUGAACAAACACGGGGGGGUGAUGACUGAUGGGGCCAGGUACUCCUUUGACAAAAAGGGGGUGGUCAUCGUUGGCACAGAAGACAAAGAGAAGAGGACUGUGAACUUAGAGCGAGCCCUGGAGUUGGCAUUUGAGGCUGGAGCUGAAGAUGUACAGGAAUCUGAGAAUGAUGAUGAGAAAAACAUGCUUAAAUUUAUAUGUGACAUCCCUUCACUGCAUGAAGUGAGGACAAAACUGGACUCCUUGGGCUUGUGUUCUGAGUCCUGUGUCCUAGAAUUCAUCCCUAACAUGAAGGUGAAGCUGUCAGAUGGGGACAUGGAGGCAGCCGCCCAUCUAAUCCAAGCACUUAAUAGCUAUGAGGAUGUGAUUCGAGUCUAUGACAACAUUGAGUAACAGAGUUGGCCUGGAGAGACACAGCCGGGUGCCUCACUGUUCAGAUAGCAAUCCAUCUCAGUAGUGUGAAUUUUCAUAAACUACCUUUGGGACCUGAGGAGAACAGGAAGCCUUGACAGGUCAUUAGUGUAUUAAGCCAAGGUCCGUGGCAGUGGCGAGUCGUCAUUGUCUGCCUUGCUGCUCCAUGAGGAAGGAAGACCCUUGGAAUCUUCAUACCAGUGGCAUGCAGCACCAUGAUGAGGAAAGCUGAGAUGCUGUCUGAUCCCUGCUGACUGACUGAACCUAGAUGCCUAAUCAAGCUGCUGCCCUCAGCUUAGUUUCUGACCUAAGAAGGUCACCUUUUAGGUGACUUCUGGGUGAAUCACUCUGAAUGUCUAGAAUAGAAACUGCUUCUUGAUUAGGAACAAAAUGAUUUAUAUUGGUAA